AGGAAAAAAGAAACUCUCCGACCGAGACGUCAGCGUGUGAUCGUCGCGGCUGCCUGAUUUAGUCGAGCGAAACUUCUUGCUGCGAGUGACGGCAAGGAAACAUAAAAGCAUCAUGCUGAAGUUCUGUAUUUUGGUGCUGGCAACUGUCGGUUAUGGGGCGGCGGCGGGCGUCAGCGAUGCGAACACCUUUGUGGACACCAUUUUCCGGGAGAAGAUGCCAUUCCUCGUGAAGGGAUCGCCGCGGCUUUUCCCUUAUGCGACCAUUGGGGACUUCAGGUUCAAGGUGUACAAGACCCAGAUCACCAACCGUGACCUGAAGGUGAACAUGACGCGUGGCGAGAUCCGUGGCCUGGACACCGCUCUGCAGCGGCUGGGAGACUGUCAGGCGCCCUUCCUCCGCGACGGACAGACCGUCGUAUUCUGCAACCUUGCCAUGCAGGGACUCAACAUUACCUUCACCUCGCUGGCAAAAGGAGACACUCUGGUUGCCAUUUGGAAGACCAUCUGGGUGAACGUAGCCGUUAAGGACACCAUGGCUCAGUUCGAAGCCAGCGCUCCUAUCGGUCGGGAUGGCACUCUCCGCACGUUCCUCAUCGAGGACAUCCGGCUGGACGUGACGUACGACAGUGACCUGAGCCUUAACUCGGCCCGCAGGCAGAAGUUCAAGGAGGAAAUAGCGGCCAGAGUCAAGGACGAGCUAAGACACAUUUUCUACAACGACUACAAGGACCUGCUGCGCCGUGCUGUGGAGUCGGUCUCGUUCCCCAGGGUCUAAUCGGACUUUGAGUGCAACGCGCGAGAUCCUUACAAUACCGGAAGUGGCCUUGACUCAGUCAUGCCACGAAGCAAGCAGUCUCGUUUUCCAGCGAACUCAUGCGAAAACACCUGUGUACUUAGAUUUGGGUGCACGUUAAAGAACCCCAGGCGGUCGAAAUUUCCGGAGUCCUCCACUACGGCGUGCCUCAUAAUCAGAAAGUGGUUUUGCCACGUAAAACCCCAUAAUUUUGAAUUUUUCCAGCGAAGUCAUGUUGUCUUGGUCCCGUAUGCGAAACGUUUGGCUUUCUUUGCGUGAACACUUUCACUCGUCUUUAUCACUGUCUAGUUUAUUCAAAGAAAUAAAGCCCGAUUUGCGGCUUUUACAAAAAAAAGUGCCUGCAGCGUUUGGAUUGCAAGCCCACCUUUGUGUACUGUGUGCUAGCACAGAAAGAAGGACGCUGCGUUUAUAUGUUCCUAAAAUAAAGAAAACUUACAUUUAAAUGUU